AUGUUUAAAUUUCAAUAAUUAUUGAUCACUAAAUUUUGCUCUUAUAGAAGUGUAAUUAUUCCAAAAGAGAAAUUAGAAUGUAGGUUUAGCAAAAGUUCUGGACCUGGAGGCUAACAUGUUAAUAAAACAAACUCCAAAGCAGAAAUAAGAUUCAAUCUAUAAACUGCGGAUUGGUUAAAUGAUGAUCAGAAAAAAAAAUUCAUUCGACUCUAUCCUAAUUAUGUAAAUAAAGAAGGGGAAAUUAUCUUAACAAGCCAAUUUACUAGAGAAUAAUCUAAAAAUUUAGAAGAUGCAAUUGAUAAAUUAAAAGAAAUGAUCUUCGAAUGCAGCAAGCCAGACAAAACUCAAUUUACGAUACCUCCUCCUAGUUAAUAUAAAAUUUAAUAAAGAGUUUAAUGUAAAAGGCAGAGGUCAGAUGUGAAAAAAACAAGAAAUAUCAAAUGA